AUGAACGAAUGCAGUUUACCUCCAAGUUCUCUGAAAGGAGAUGAACAAAUAAAUACCGUGUUUUACCAGUGCUCCCCUCAAAGCAUCAUUCUAAGCAUGCAGGAGGUUGUUGUGAGCAGCUACAUAAUAAAAUCUAACCCAGAGAACUGUAUUCCAAUUGUUCUCCACCGUACACACACACACACACACACACACGGGACAGUUAUUAAUUUCAACAACCCCAAAGUCCAAGCUUCCCUCUCUGCCAACACCUUUGCCAUUACAGUUCAUGCAGAAGCCAAAUCAGUCACAGAAAUGCUUCCUGGAAUACUAAGUGAUGCAAACAGCUAAACAAGUCUUAGAAAAUUAGCUGAACAGGUGCCACGGCAAAUGUUGGACAGAAAAGCACCAAAGCCAAAAGACGUUGAUGAAGAAGAUGAUGAUGUUCCGGAUCUUAUAGAAAAUUUUGAUGAAGUGUCAAAGAAUGAAGCUAACUAA